CGGUUCAGAUCUGAUGGUUCUCAAUCUCAUCCAAAGAUUAGUUUCUAAAAAGUUUUAUACACACCCUCAUAGAUAAACAGAGAGAAACACAGACACAGCGAGAGAGAGAGAGAGAGUGAGAAACCACCUUAUUUCAGAAGCAGAGCAUAAAAAAGCUUCACGGCUUAUUUAAUCUAAACCCGGUUGGCAAAAACUCAUCUGAUUAACAAUGGGAGAGGAGGAAAAGAAGCCAGAAGAGAAGAAAGUUGAAGAAGGAAAAACAGGGGAGGCAAAGAAACCAGCAGGGGAAGAGAAAAAGGAGAAGAAAGAGGAAGAGAAACCAGCUGCUGAGGAGAAGAAAACAGAGGAAUCCAAAGAUGGAAAAGAAGACAAAGACAAAGACCAAUCUGCUGCUCCUGCUCCACCACCACCACCAAAAGAAAUCGUUCUCAAAGUCUAUAUGCAUUGUGAAGGCUGUGCUCGUAAAGUUAAGCGGUGCCUUAAAGGAUUUGAAGGAGUUGAAGAUGUUAUGACAGAUUGCAAAACUCACAAAGUGAUUGUGAAAGGAGAAAAAGCUGAUCCUAUCCAGGUUCGUGACAGAGUUCAGAGGAAGAGUCACAGACAGGUUGAGCUUCUGUCUCCAAUACCAAAACCACCAUCUGAGGAAGAGAAAAAACCAGAAGAGAAGCCCAAAGCAGAGGAAAAGAAAGAAGAGCCUCAGGUUAUAACAGUGUUGCUUAAAGUUCACAUGCAUUGUGAAGCUUGUGCACAGGAGAUCAGGAAACGUAUACUGAGAAUGAAAGGAGUGGAAUCAGUCGAAGCAGAUCUAAAAGGAUCCCAAGUGACAGUAAAAGGAGUGUUUGAUCCACCGAACCUGGUUGAUUACGUGUACAAGAGGAGUGGCAAACAUGCGGUGAUAGUGAAGACAGAACCAGAAAAGAAAGAAAACAAAGAAGGCAAAGAAGGUGGUGGUGAUAAUAAUAAAGAAGAGAAAAAAGGUGGAGGAGGAGACAAAGAUAAAAAAGGUGGUGAAGGUGGUGGUGAAGUUACAGAAGGAAACAAAGAGAAGAAAGAAGGAGACAGCGAAGCAGCAGCUCAACCAGCAGCAGAAGGUGAAGCAAAUCCACCUGCUGCUGCAGAAGAGACCAAGGUGGUGGAGCUGAAGAGGAAUGAAUAUUCCUAUUACCCACCAAGAUAUGGAAUGGAGAUGUAUGCUUCUUACCAUGCCUAUCCACCUCAGAUCUUCAGUGAUGAGAAUCCUAACGCCUGCUCUGUUAUGUAAAAAAUGAGAAAGUUCAAGGGUAGAAUUGGGAAUGGGAUCAAGAAAAGGAAAAAAAAAAAAAAAAAAAAACUUAAAAAGGGUAGUCAUUUACGUCUUUUGCCUUUACCCUUGCUCUGUUCUUCUACAUAUGCCCUAUCUGUAGGUUUACUUGCUUUGAAAGUAUAAACUACUGAUACAGUAUAAUCUACAGAUACGCUGUAGAAUUUUGUGAGGAUUCUGUACUUUCUUUUUUUUUUUUCUUUUUUUCAUAAAAGUAGUUGUUACAUAUCAAAUAUUAGAAGAAAAUAAAGACAAUAAAUAAGAAUAAAUAAUCAUCUUCAUAUGGGCAAUGAAAUGUAAAUUUAUAUA